AUGGCGACGACCAUGCAGCCGCUCGGCGUUCCUUCGAUCGACAUCCCCUCUCCUGCGCCCUCCGACAGCUCUCUUUCGACUCAGCAGGGAGGCGAAGCGCCGCGGCCUUCUCCUCGACCUGGUCGUUCGCCAGAUCGUCCUCUGCUGCGCACUGCGUUCCGGAACUUUUCCGGCAUCGCGACUGUCGUGGUCGGAGAAGGAUCGAAGCGGAUGUCCUAUCCGGUGCACAAGGAAUUGCUCACGCAAGCAAGUCCCUUCUUCGCUGCUGCGCUCAAUGGAACGUUCGCGGAGGGAAUGGAACAGGUGGUGCGCUUGCCGGAAGAGAAGGGCGAGACGUUUGAGUGGUGGUUACAGUGGCUUUACACGGGUACCCUGACGGUACAACCGAGCGCCACUGAAGUCCCGCACAUUGGAUAUGGGAGACACAGAGGCCACGGACCUCUCUCGCUCCCAGCACCGGGCCACGCCGGACUCCAUCACCUCGCAAUGCUGGAGACACAUCUAGACGGCGACCUGAGGAACCAAGCCGGCAGUCCGAAAUAUUUCCUGCUAUUGGAUCUGUACGCGCUCUCGGACCGCCUCCUGACGACGCCCCUGAGCAACCACGUCCUCUCCACCAUCGCGCGACUCUCCGAAAGCACCAAUUCCGUCCCCACGCCGUCGGAUACCUGGAUCCUCUACGACACCAUCCCGGACACGUCGCCCCUGCGCAGCCUCAUCCUGGACCUCUUCGCCUACAAAAAGACGGACAAGCUGCUCGAGACGCACAGGGACGACUGGCACCCGCGCUUCCUCCGCGAUCUCGUCGUGAAGCUCAAACGCCCGGGCCCCGAGGCCAUCGAACGGCACUCGCUGGUGGCCUGGAGACCUCGAUCCUGGAGCACGAGUCGGGCCUGUGAGGGCUGCCGGGAGAUUCUGAAGCCCGGCGUCAGUGGGGAUAAGUGUACCGUCUGUGACCGGGCGUUUUGUGGGGAUUGUCUAAGGAAGCACGCCGAGGGGACGGGGAGUCAGGGCGAUUUGGGCGGCGGGUGCAAGCCGUGGAUGGGGAGGGGCAUGUGUGGACGGUAUCAUGAGCAUGGACGGGGUGAGGGGUGUGGCUGA